AUGCGCCGAACAAAUAGCAAGUCGCUGGAGCCUCAGGAAGAAGUAGAAAGGACUGGCCCAUCAACGUGGUCUUCUGAAGAUAGAAUGCUGGUGGUUGCACGUUUGCACGAUCUAGAGGUGGUAAACCAGCGGCUCGCAGCAGAACGAAACCAACUACAACGUCAGUUGAAUCAUGUUCUUCAUCGUCUCGCCUCAGAUCGAUUUUCAGAGGGAGUGUCUAGCCUGCAGGAACUAACACAUGCCGUCCGCUUCCUCCUCGGACCACGCAUCUCAGAUCCCUCCGGAGGUGACGAAGCCACUGCCGCGGAGACAUCAACUGUGCCAGCACCUCUGGCUUCAGGCGAGUCCAUCAAUCUCCUUUCCAGUUUUAUGGAGUCAAAUGGCCGCUUUAGUGCUGUCGAAUAUUCAAGCCUAUCGGAUGCAUUCGAGGAACUUAAUUUAAGGCAGGACCCUGUAAGUCAAGUCAGUCUUGGCAUAUCCACUCAGAACGGCUCGAGUCCAAGUGCCUCUGUAAUUACCGACAUUCCAGACAACUCCGUUGGGGGAAGUACACCGAUGAGAGCGAGCCGCACCAGCUUUCCUACAGUAAUUUAUGACUCUUCGGAUGAAGGUGCCAAGGAAGUCAGCGAUUUCGGUCCAGCUGGCAUGCUUGUCUCGGGCACUGUGCUUGACACUGUUGCCUCGUCGUCAACUCAUCCCAACGACAUUCACACAACCUACGUUGCAGAACUGCCCUCUUCCUCAUCCUCCCCGUCCCUGUCAUAUGAACGUGAAUCUGAUAAGUGGAGAUCCCUGUACGUAUGUAUCCCUCCAUCUACCUCAUACUCCCUCAGUUGCUCCACGUCCUUGUCCCCUUCACCGGACUCCUCUCCAUCCCCCCACGGGCGUCGGAUUUCAGUUCAGCCUCACUCUCCAGUAUCGCGGCGACCUUUCCUCACCUCAUCGUUGCCCACUUCCCCCCGGAGACUGACCUCUCGGCGAUCUCUGGUGCGGUGCAUUGAAGAUGCACAAAAGUCCGCGACAAAGUGGCUUUACGCGGAGCGAAACAACACUCACGACACCCCACCGGAUGGCGAAGAGGGCGUUCCACGAAUCAGGGCAGCAUUGACGCCCUCGGAGCCCCUCCUCUCUCCCCAAGACGGAAGCUAUAGAGGGGACCUUGGAACCAAACCGUCAGCUGCAUCCACCGGCCCUGGCCGUCCGCCCAAUCCCGAAGCCCGAGAUCCGCUUCGCUUAGCAAAGCCAGCAAGGACACGUCGAGUAAGGACGCGUUCACACUUAACUACUGCCUCGGCAGACAUUCGCUCCGCAGGAGAGCCACAAUCUGCUCGGACGAUUCGCCGUCCCGUUCUUAUCAGGUCCAUCAAAAAGAGCACACAAACUGCACGCGUCAGGGUGGGCACUUCCGAGGACUUCCUAAAUGAUUUUUUCUCCUGUGGCUGUCCAGACGAUGACUACACCUCGGACACGUUUGUCCUCGCGCGUGCAGCUGCCGUGUCUCGUGAGUUCAGUCGCCUUUUUUCCAGUCUCAGCGCCUACACCUGUGUCAGGAAACACUGCUCAGCAGUAGAGAACCUGCCAGCUGAUGAAGUGCAGGUUAAUAUUGAUCAGAUCGCCCAACUCCGUCGCCUCACUGACGCACAGCAUCAGUUUGAACGUCUCUGUAGGGAGGAGACCUCCUCCGCCUCCUCCUCCGACGCGAGGUCCACCGUCUUCAUCGUCAAGUCCUCCGCCCAACCAUCGAAACGAGACACAAGUCGCCACCGGCAGCAACCGCAGCUAUCUGCUACCACCGUCGACGAGUCACGUGCUGCCUCCUCUACAUCCACCGAGUACUACUCACCGCCUAUGGAAGAGAGCAUAAAUCAGGAGGAUCCCAGCAUUGCUCACCAUGGACGGUUGACGACCGGCUUGCCUAAGGGAGCUUUGAAGAAGCAGGAGGUACGGGAGCUCACCGUUGCGCCGACCACGCAUGCCGGAAAGCUGGCAAGACUGAGCGGACGGUUCAAGGUCUGGCAGACCUUUUGGUGUGUUUUGGUGAAUAAGAGCCUUCUCUUCUACAGGGGUGAGUCCGAGGUCGAUCAGUGGCCGCGAAAGUGCAUUGACCUUGCGGAGGUGCGCUCUGUUGAGGGUUUAACUUUGAGCCGAACUGGUAAAUCCUCGGGGAGGGGUGUUUCACCUAGGGGGAUUAAAAGGACUGCACUUAAUGCCUCCUUCAAUGUAACCCUACGGUCCGGACGAGUGUACACACUAAGAGGUCCCUCUAUGGAGGCAUCAUCAAGCUGGGAGUCCAGUAUCAGACGAGCAUUGCGGCGUAUUCAGGCCGAACACAUCUUCAGGCUAUACAGCGCCCAGCUGGUUAUCAGUGGUUGGCUACACCGCUACCGAAGGGGUCAGUCGCACCGGGUCUGGUGCAUGUUAAUGGGCACCUUCCUUGUCUAUUCCCUCGAACCCAGGGGCAUUGCACUGACAGGGUACAGAGACCUGAGCCUCACUUAUCUGCGUUGUCCUUUCAAAGAAAUGACCUCAUCCGCACCCACCGUGAUGCACGGUGAGCCGUCAACGAGACAGUGCCAUUCCGCUGACGCCAACAAACGGCGUUCCUUCGCCAUGCAUCAGAGCUACGAAUCCUCAGACUCUGAAUCGGACACCGGUAUUGAGACUAAUGAGGUUAAUAGCAGAACUCUGGCGCUCUGGGCUCCAAAUCGCGACCCUGUCUAUCUGGUCUGCAACACUGACGCAGACUUCGAGCGCUGGAGGCACCACCUCAGUAGGGCCUGUUGGUUCUCAACUUGCACACAAUCCUGUGCAAAAGAACCGGAAGCAAGAUUUCUGCAGCUCUGGGGACAAUUAGUACACCCGGCCUAUGUCCAGCGUCGAUGGCACAGCGCCGAACCAAUCAGCACGCCUCUGUCACGCGUCGUCAUUUCUGAGCCCCUCUUUGAGAGGUCAGCGGUCAGUCUGUCGGAGAAGCUUUCGAGUCUGGCGAACCUCUCCAGAUGCCUGAUGCCUGCAGAGCUGGAAGGCAAAUCGGCCGCUGUGGCGCCAAGCAAAACCACGGCCGCACUUCGACUCCAGACUAACACAAAUAAGGCAAUUUUGGUGAAGUCUUUGGCUCAAAUGUGCUACGAUAACACAGCCCUCAAGGAUGAGCUAUAUCUACAAUUGAUGAAGCAGGCAACACCUCCUAGUACUAUAUUGCGAACCCUGACGGAUGUCAGUGCGAUGCGCACAGUACCUACUAGACGUCGGAUGCGCAUGAUGGAAUUACUCUGCGGCAGUGGAGGACACCAACACAGGGAGGACUGGCCUGGCACCCGUCGUCGGGUGAUAUCGGCGACCAGGCCAUCGGAAGAGGGGGGCGUAGGAUGUAAUCCUGUUGAUUUACGUGCAUCAGAGCUCUCAAAACAGCCCCCACCACCCAAACAGACACAGAGGACUUUGAGCAUAACCACCAUGUGGGAAUGUAUAUCCAUCUUCACUACCCUAUUUCUUCCCUCUCCACCCGUGCUAGCCUGUCUCCAGGCCUUCCUCGCGCAGUUCACUUCGAGAUUCGAGGCCAGUCCGUCAUCCACCGCUGCUGCCGGUGGUGGUAAUGGAGCAGGAACGUCCUCGAGCAGAACGAAGGGCAUUACCUCCUCCAGCCGACGAGAUCGAGGCUCCUCAUCGCGCCAGCUCAUCCUGGAAUUGUGUCGUUUUGCCGCCUUUUGUAGUGACAUGCUUCUGCGUUGUCGCAUCCGAGGCGGUCGCAGGGUGACGCCCUCCUACUACGAAGUCGUGGCCAUCUCCCUGCGUAACCCCUACACUCACUGUCUUCCCUUCAGCCUGCCCAUCCGUCUUCAUUUGCCCAGCGGCUACCAGGUCGUCAGCUUCGAUGGAACCAUGAAGAUUAGUCAGCUGAUUGCUAGCGUUGUUGAGAGUCUGGGCAUUGGUGAAGCGGUUGCAAAGAGACGCUGUCUCUGCGGCAUCUUCUGUCAGAUUACUGGCAGUGCGCGUCCGUCCGGAGGAGCGGCAAGAUUUAAACUUCUCUACCUUGAACCCCUUUGGAAUAUCUGUGAUGUGAUUUCGCUGUACGAAGAGGCUCUGAGCAAAUCAAAUCCUGGAGUCGCUCUCAGCCUGGAAGACAUGAGUAUCGAUUUGGUCUUUAUGGUGCAAGCGGUUGGAAAGGGUAUGACAGAGUUGCCAGCACAGGGUGUUGAUGCUGCUGGUGUUGAUAGUUCCGCUGACAGAGUUAUAGAUAUGGUGGCGCAUCAGCUACACAGCGACAUUUGUUCUGGCCGACUAAAUCUCAUUCUUCGUGGUGCCCACUACCUGGAGCUAACAGCACUCAUGUGUCGGUGGGAUCACUGUGACUAUGCGGAGCUUCAGCGUCGACAGGAGACCAACCUUACCCUUCUGGUGCAUCGAUACUUCCCCCGCAAAUGUAUCAGCACUUGGAGCAGCGGAGGUGAGGACGAUCAAGCCCUCAUUGAGUUAAAACUCCUCCUGCUGAAUCGAUGGACUAAGCUGAGUCAGGAAACUACCGCGGGCGGCGAACAGCCUUCAGAGGCAGCUAGCGAAACCACUCCUUCGGGGCGAGCUCUGCCGCGAGCGUCACAGGCCUUUGUGCGAACUCUCUGGAAGCUGCAUCCAGCUGCGGCCUGCGUGAGACAGUUUGCCUGUCAAAUGCUCAACUGUGAGGGUGUGCCAUCCACCGAGACGGUCUGGUUAGCGCCAAGUCACGAAAGGAUCAGUUUCCUACGGGUCUACACAUUUGAUAGCACUGUGACACGCCUGAUUUGCGCGGGCUACACCACCAAGGAGUCUGCCGGUCUGGUCUCUGGGCUGGCUUGUUUCAGGCAAAUUCCAAUGGCGAAUUUAAUCUCCUUUGGCAUCCAGAGGACGGGGCUCUUUUUUCUGGUCUUUGCGGAGACUCAUCGACAAGACAAGCAGCAGCCGCCUCUGCGCCGGUAUCAAGAAAAGCCCCCACGGGCGCAACAGCCGCAGGAGGGUACCGACAGCUUCUCCUACUCGGGUCCAGAGGAUGGAGGUGCCGGAGAGGUCUCGCAGGAGCGUCUCGUCUUCAGACCGAAGUCAAGUAGCGCUUCGAGAAGAGAGAGUCGGCGUCGGGAUUGGUGGAGUCGGGGGGCACAAAAACGUUUGGAGAAAUUGCUACUCUUCAUUCCCGACCUUUGUACAGUGAACGAGUUGUGCCACGUACUCACCUUCUUCCUGGAGACUGCUUAA